ACACUAAAUCAAAGACGAUUCAUGUGCUUAGCUGUUAAAAUUGGUACCUAAACACGUUUUUUUCGCUAAAUUUUUUGGAUAAAAGUGUAGCUUAUUAAUACUAAAUUUUGUCGAAAGUAGAGAAAAAUGAGGAAGGGCAACGCGUUGGAAGUCGAUAUGCUUCCUUCGGAUCUGGAAUUUGGCGUGUUCAGCAGUGAAGAAAUUAAGCGACUAAGUGUAGUUAAAAUUAUCACUGGCCUAACAUUCGAUCCACUGGGGCAUCCUUUGCCCGGCGGUUUGUACGACAGCUUAAUGGGCACUUACGGCCGUCGAAUGGAGCCGUGUGCCACUUGCUAUAACAUACAGGAAUGCCCAGGACAUAUGGGUCAUAUUGAGCUAAAUACUUUAGUAUUUAAUCCAUUCUUCAUAAAACUUGUACAAAAAAUUUUGAGCAUUUUUUGCUUAAACUGCUUCAAAAUUCAAUUAAAAGUUCAUGUAUGUGAAGUACUCGCAUUACAAUUGCGCCUUUUAGAUGCGGGAUACAUCGCCGAAGCGCAAGAACUAGAAAUAUUUAAAUCAGAGGUAGUGUGUCAAAAUGAUGAAAAUUUGGUUAAACUGGAAAGUGGAGAAUAUGUGCACCCGCACAUAGCAGCUAUGUUUGAACUUUUGAAAAAAGGACAUUCAAAUGUAUCUAAUAACACGAAGACUUCCUGUGGAAUACGGUCAGCUAUAGUUCAUGCCGCUUUUCAACGUGUAGCUUUUAAAAAAUGUAUUCAUUGCAAGAAGCCGUUGCGUAAUAUUCGCUAUUUGUACCGAAAACUUAUUUACUACAUUACAGCGGAAGAGAUGAGGAAUUCGAUGCCGGAAGCACGCCAGUUCACUGGACAAAACAAAUCGAUUUUCGCUGAUGAGUGCCGCAAAUUUUUGCGACAAAUUUAUUUGAACUACCCAGAUUUAUUAAAACUUUUGUGUCCCAUAUUGAAGCUAAAUAAUAGUGGUAAUAGUUGCCCUGUUGAUAUAUUUUUUAUGGAUACUAUAGCAGUAGUACCACCUAAAGCCCGUCCACCCAACAUUUUACAUGACCAAAUUCUAGAGCAUCCACAAACUGCAAUUUAUAGGUCUAUAAUUGAAAACAACGCCGUGUUGCGUGUAGUUAUAAAGCAUCUAAAAGGGCUACGAGAAGAGCUACCCGAAGAGGCGCAACGUGUUUAUGAAAGUACUAAAGGGGAAUCCCCAUAUGAGAAGCUGUACAAUGCAUGGCAAACUCUACAAACAUCAGUUGAUUUAUUGUUGGAUAUAACCGCUAGUAGAGAUUCCCCAUCUUCUCAAGGCCUUAAACAAGUUUUAGAAAAAAAGGAAGGCCUAAUACGCAAGCAUAUGAUGGGUAAACGUGUAAACUAUGCAGCUAGAACUGUUAUAACACCCGACCCAAAUAUCAACGUCGAGGAAGUGGGCAUUCCAGAUAUUUUUGCACGCAAAUUAAGUUACCCCGUACCGGUAACACCUUGGAACGUCGCUGAAUUGCGUAAAAUGGUUAUGAACGGUCCUGAUAUCCACCCUGGAGCCAACUAUAUUCAAGAUGAAAAGGGUUAUACAACCCUUAUACCCGCAGAUAACGCUGCAAAACGUGAAAGCAUGGCUAAACUACUUUUUAAUUAUCCGGAAAAUGGAAUAAAAGUGGUGCAUCGUCAUGUGCUUAAUGGUGACGUACUCUUGCUCAAUCGCCAGCCGUCACUUCAUCGACCAUCAAUCAUGGCACAUAAAGCACGCAUACUGCCUGGUGAAAAGACUUUUCGUCUACAUUAUUCGAACUGCAAGGCAUACAAUGCUGAUUUCGAUGGUGACGAAAUGAAUGCUCAUCUUCCGCAAAGUGAAGUAGCGAGAGCGGAGGCGUAUAAUUUAGUAAACGUUGCAAACAAUUAUCUGGUACCUAAAGACGGUACCCCUCUGGGAGGUUUAAUUCAGGAUCACGUUAUUUCGGGUGUAAAAUUAUCCAUACGCGGACGUUUCUUUAACCGAGAAGACUAUCAACAACUUGUGUACCAAGGUCUCUCGGAUUUAAGAGACAAAAUAAAACUCCUUCGACCAACAAUUUUAAAGCCGACCAUGCUUUGGUCAGGAAAGCAGGUUCUUUCAACAAUAAUCAUCAACUUGACACCAGAAGGAUAUUCAAGAAUAAAUUUACAUACACAAGCAAAAAUUAAUUCAAAACACUGGAUUGUUUCAAUGGCUCAUGAAGCUGCAUGCGGUGCUUUAGGUGGCGGCGAGCUGUGUGAAAGCAAUGUUAUAAUCCAUAAAGGAGAGCUGCUUACUGGGGUCCUAGACAAACAGCAGUAUGGCGCAACAACUUAUGGUUUAAUUCAUUGCAUGUAUGAGUUGUAUGGCGGCCAAGUAUCAACGCGUCUGUUGACUGCAUUUACAAAAGUAUUUACAACAUUUUUGCAACGAGAAGGAUUUACGCUUGGUGUACAGGAUAUUUUAGUAACGGCUGACGCAGACGCACAGAGGCGUAAAAUUGUCAAAGAAUGUCGUAGAACUGGCGACUCAGCUGUUGCUGCUGCUUUAGAUUUGGACGAGAUACCUUCGCUUGAUGUGCUUGUUGGAAAAAUGGAAGAAGCGUACACAAAAGAUCCCAAAUUUCGUGUUAUUUUAGAUCGCAAAUACAAAUAUUUGCUGGAUCGUUAUACCAACGAUAUAAAUCGAACUUGCCUGCCAGAUGGUCUGAUUUCCAAAUUCCCACAAAACAAUUUACAAUUAAUGGUGUUAUCCGGCGCAAAAGGAUCUAUGGUAAAUACUAUGCAAAUUUCAUGUUUGUUGGGCCAAAUUGAAUUGGAAGGAAAACGUCCACCGUUAAUGAUAUCUGGCAAAUCAUUACCAAGCUUCACAGCGUUUGAGACGUCGCCAAAAUCGGGUGGUUUCAUUGAUGGCCGCUUUAUGACCGGCAUACAGCCGCAAGAUUUUUUCUUUCAUUGCAUGGCCGGACGUGAAGGACUCAUUGAUACCGCUGUUAAAACUUCACGUUCAGGUUAUUUGCAACGCUGUCUUAUAAAGCAUCUGGAGGGGCUUACAGUUGGUUAUGAUAUGACGGUACGUGAUAGCGAUAGCAGCGUUGUACAGUAUCUGUAUGGCGAAGAUGGAUUGGAUAUUCUGAAGUCAAAAUUCUUCAAUACAAAGUUUUGUAUGCAAUUUUUGGCACUUAAUUCUACAGCAAUUAUUCACCCAAACGAACUGAGAAGUAUCAAAGAUGAGCAAACACUAUUGAGAAUCUCAAGACAUGUAAAGAAGCUUCGAAAAUGGCAAAAUAAGCACAAUGGAAAGCUCGAUUCACCUGAAACAAAGAGGAUACCCUCAGCCUUUGCUAAUUUUUCAGCAAACUCUCAAGCAAAAGGGAAUUUAGAUGAAUUAAAUUCCAAGACAGGACGUAGCAUGGGAGAUGAAUAUAAACAGAAGCUUUGGAGAAAAGCUGACGCAGAGACAAAAGAAUUUUACAAAAAAUUGAGUGCGCGUUGUCCUGAUCCCACAACAUCUGUUUACAAACAGGACAACUGUUACGGUAGUACUUCUGAACGACUCGAAAAACUAGUAGAAGACUAUAUGAAAAAAUAUCCAAACAGUAAAGCUGCGAUAGAUGACAUAAUAUAUAUAAAAAAUUUGAAAGCAUUGGCCUCGCCAGGAGAACCCGUUGGAUUAUUAGCCGCACAAUCUAUUGGUGAACCUUCCACUCAGAUGACAUUGAAUACUUUUCACUUUGCCGGUCGUGGUGAAAUGAACGUCACACUAGGUAUUCCCCGCUUACGCGAAAUUUUAAUGCUAGCUUCUGCUAACAUCAAAACGCCGUCAAUGGAUAUUCCAAUAAAGAUGAAUCAGUCGAAAAAUGCCGAUAAAUUACGUAUUAAGUUGAAUCGCGUAACCCUUGCGGACAUACUACAAUUUGUUAAGGUGAAAACCAAACUGGUGCUAAAACCUGAACGUGCGCAUCAAUAUAUUUUACGAUUUCAAUUUCUUCCCCGGGAAGCCUAUCAGGACGAUUUCUGUGUACGACCGAAAAAGGUGCUGAAAUAUAUGAGCGAGAUAUUUUUCAAGGUACUGUUUCGUGCUGUUAUAAGGUCCUCAAAGAGCAAGAAAUCUAUAAUUGAAAUAAAUGAAGAUAAAGUCGGUAGCAACAAGGAAAGCCAUGAUAAAGAUUUAGACGAAGAUGAAUCUAGAAAUGAAGUCAGCGAUCACUUCAAAAAAGAUAAAUCAACGAAUGGGGGUGAAGUGGAUUCAUCAGAUGACGAAAAUGCGAACGAGGAGGAUGACGCAACUGGUAGAAAGUUUAAAUCCCGCAAACAAGACGAAACUGAAUAUGAUGACCCUGAAGAAUUAGAAGAAAUUAAAGAUGCUGAUGAUGAUGAUGAGAUUGGAGUGGGAGAAAAUGAAGAUGAAGAGGAUACAGGCAAAUCGGACACGAUUGACGCUCUUGUCGAGACUGUGUUGAACAAUGAGUUGGUUCAAGAAUAUACUUACGACAAAGAAAAACAUCAGUGGUGCAAGCUCACCUUUAAUCUAAAUAUGAAGUACAAGAAACCAGAUAUUUCUUCUAUAAUUCGAGAAUUGGCCAGUAAAUGUGUGGUGCAUGAAGUACAGAAUAUAAAACGUGCUAUUAUAUAUAAAGGCGACAAUGAUGUUAAUUUGCUCAAAACUGACGGUAUUAACAUUAUCGAAGUAUUCAAAUACAACGAUGUUUUAGAUUUGAAUCGCCUUUAUUCUAAUGAUAUACAUGCGAUUGCAAAAACAUAUGGAAUCGAAGCAGCGGCGCAGGUUAUAAUUAAAGAAGUGACAAAUGUUUUCAAGGUGUACGGAAUUACUGUUGAUAGACGUCAUUUAUCGUUAAUUGCUGAUUAUAUGACUUUUAAUGGCACUUUUCAACCACUCUCACGAAAAGGCAUGGAACAUUCGUCUUCGCCAUUGCAACAAAUGUCAUUUGAAUCUUGUUUACAAUUCUUAAAAAAUGCAGCCGGAAGCGGGCGUAUAGAUGACCUCAGCUCACCAUCAGGUCGUUUAAUUGUUGGGCUGCCCGUGCGAAAUGGGACAGGUGCCUUUGAACUGUUAACUAAAAUUUGUUAAAAUAGAUUAUCAGACAAAAUUAAAAAAAAAAAAUUCGAAAGAAAUAAAACAAAACUUAAUUUCGAUAACUUAUA